AUGGCAGGAGGUGCCUACAUUGAAAGUGGUGGACGACAAUAUGAGGGAAAGGUGACAGCAUUCGUGUUAAUUACAUGUUUCGUUGCUGCUAUGGGAGGUCUUCUCUUUGGAUAUGAUCUUGGUAUCACGGGAGGAGUCACAUCUAUGGAACCAUUCUUAGUUAAAUUCUUUCCGGUUGUAUAUCAACAAAUGCUGGAUGAUUCCAGUACCAAUCAAUAUUGCAAGUUUGACAACCAGCUACUGACAUUGUUCACCUCCUCUCUGUAUCUUGCGGCAUUAAUAGCUUCUUUUUUUGCUGCCACAACCUCAAGAUUGUUCGGACGCAAGCCAUCUAUGUUUUUGGGUGGCUUAUUUUUUCUUGUUGGAGCACUGUUGAAUGGCUUCGCAGUUAACGUUGAAAUGCUUAUCAUCGGUCGAAUAUUUUUAGGUUUUGGUGUUGGAUAUUGCAAUCAGUCUGUGCCGAUUUACUUGUCUGAGAUGGCUCCGGCAAAAAUUAGAGGAGCACUCAACAUUGGGUUUCAAAUGAUGAUCACAAUCGGAAUCCUAGGCGCAAACCUUAUCAACUAUGCAACCUCGAAGUACAAAAAUGGGUGGAGAGUAUCUUUGGGAGUUGGAGCUGUGCCAGCAGUUUUGCUAUGUGUAGGGUCUCUUUUCUUAGAGGAAACACCAAACUCUUUGAUCGAAAGAGGGCAACACGUAAAAGCCAAGACAAUGUUACAGAAAAUUCGUGGCACUAACAAUGUUGAUGAGGAAUAUCAAGAUCUUGUUGAUGCAAGUGAGGCGGCUAGUAAGGUGGAAAACCCAUGGAAGAACAUUACAAGACGCAGAUAUAGGCCACAACUCACUUUUUGCUCUUUCAUUCCCUUCUUCCAACAACUCACCGGAAUUAAUGUCAUCAUGUUUUAUGCUCCCGUGCUUUUUACCAUUUUGGGCUUUGGCAAUGAUGCCUCCCUCAUGUCUGCAGUUAUCACAGGAGGUGUUAAUGUUAUUGCUACACUUGUCUCUGUUUUCUGUGUAGACAAAUUUGGAAGAAGGCUAUUAUUUCUUGAAGGUGGCGCUCAGAUGCUUGUUUCUCAGAUUGUGGUUGGUAUCAUGAUCGGUAUGAAAUUUGGAUUGAAUGGUGAAGGAUCAUUUAACAAAGGAGAAGCAGACAUUCUGUUGGUGUUUAUUUGUUUAUACGUGGCAGCAUUUGCAUGGUCAUGGGGGCCACUAGGUUGGUUAGUACCAAGCGAAAUAUGUUCUCUUGAAGUUCGACCAGCAGGCCAAGCUAUUAAUGUGGCAAUCAACAUGUUCUUUACCUUUGGCAUCGCUCAAGUCUUUCUUAGUUUGCUUUGCCACUUUAAGUUUGGUCUCUUUUUCUUCUUUGCUGCUUGGGUGCUCAUCAUGACCAUUUUCAUUGCCUUCUUGUUACCUGAGACUAAGAACGUCCCUGUUGAAGAAAUGCACUAUGUUUGGAAGUCCCACUGGUUUUGGAACAAGUAUAUGCCUGAAUGUGAAGAUCUCGUUGCUGGGGCUUACAACAAUUCUGAAGCUGCUCCUUCAAAUUAA